AUGGCAUUGACAAUUAGAGUUGUAGUAGUGCUUCAUCUCUUGAUAAUAAUAAUAAUGAGUUUGUUGCUUCUUCAAGCUGACGCACAAAAAAUAUUAAUAAAGCUUGAAGAAGGAAAAAUGAAAAAGUGCGGAAUUAAUAGAAUUUAUCAGUUUGGUGAUUCACUUUCGGAUACCGGAAACUGCCUGAGAGAGACGUAUUGUAGAGCUCGUUCUGGGUGUAGAUUCCCUCCAUAUGGAAUGAAUUUUUACCAGAAAGCAGUAACGGGGCGUUGUUCUAAUGGAUUGCUCAUGAUUGAUUUCAUCGCGCUGGAAUGUGGUCUUCCUCUCCUAAAUCCGUCCUUAGAAGAAAAUGCAGAUUUUAGUCAUGGUGCAAAUUUCGCUGUAUCAGGGGCUACUGCUUUAUCAGUCGAAUCCUUAGCAAAGAAGAAAAUUCAUAUGUCAUACACAAAUAGUACAUUAAGUGUGCAACUUCAAUGGAUGUCUUCUCAUUUCAAUUCAGUUUGCUCUACGGAUUGUCCAAAAUAUUUGGAAAAGUCACUUUUCCUAGUUGGAGAAAUAGGAGGAGAUGAACUCACUUAUGGCUUAAAUCAAGGUAAAACUAUGGAAGAGUUGCGAAGAAUGGUGCCUGAUAUUGUUCAUGCCAUCAUUCGUGGUGUUAGAAGAGUCAUAAGUUUUGGAGCUACUCGAAUUGUAGUUCCAGGUAAUAUUCCAGCGGGUUGUAACCCGGUUAUCCUGACGAUAUUUGAUUCCAGACCCUCAACCACAUACGAUGAGUAUGGUUGCGUGAAAGAGUGGAACAAUUUUAUGAUGUAUUACAACAAUUAUUUGAAACGAGGAAUUCACAUGUUGAAGAGAGAGUAUCCAAACAUUUCAAUCAUUUACGGUGACUACUACAAUGCAUAUCUCUGGCUUCGACAAAAUGUUGUUGCUCUUGGAUUCGACAAAAAUUUUGUACUGAAACCAUGUUGUGGAAUAGGCAGAGACUACAAUUAUAGAGAAGAUAUGAAAUGUGGUGAUCCAGGAGUCGAAGCGUGUGCAGACCCGAAUAUUUACAUAAGUUGGGAUGGACUUCAUUUAACACAAAGGGCAUACAGUUGGUUAACAAAAUGGCUAAUCGAUGACAUAAUACCACAAUUAAACUGCCCUGUUUAAAUUCAAUCUUUUAAUUUAUUUUUGGAGAAAAAAAAACUUAUAUUGUUGGGUGGCAAUUAAAAAAUGAUAGGGAUUUAAUUUGUUGGAUCUUGCACUAUUUGUCAUGAACAAGAUAUUGGAUUAUGUGGGGCUCCCUGAUAGUAAUGUGGUAGAUGUAUCUUUAUGUCAUAUGGGAUAAUCUUUUAUAUUCUGGUCAUGUAUUUGUUUCUCAAAUUAGUUAUACUUUGUGUCUUUCUACAUUUACGAGAUACUGAUAAAGUUUGCGUACAAUCUAUCUUCCUCAGACUUUAUUUUGUAAAAUUUCACUGGCUAUGUUAAUGUUUGUUAUACUUGUGUCAAUGUUAAUAAGUGAAUGUUUUGGCUGGUAAAUGUAUGUAUGCAAGUUUAUGUGGUUCAAGAUUAUAAGCACUUUGGUUUUAUUGUA